CUCGUUGAUAUCGAAACCUUCACGUCCCUAAAAUGAUAAAGUUUUAAGGUAAGAAAUCUCUCAGAUUUUAAUUUUUUUGUUCUUAAUCGUGAUUAUUGUAUAGACUCACUAAUCUUAUAUAUACGAAUUAUUUUAAAAUGACAAUUUGCCUGUUUUGUCCAUGGCAUUAGUCAGUAAUAAGCGCUAAAAUAUACCCUAAAGUGGAGUUAUGGCUGUUGAUCAUGUUCAUCAUUUUUUUUUUCCGGAGCAAUUUCGUCAAAAAUUUUCCUAAUUUUGCUUCAUUAAGCUGUGACUAUAUUUCGCUAAUAAGAGAAUUCAACUCUACAAUUUUGGUCUUGUCCUGACCGCGAGGGAGAACCUGAAUGGAGAGAAAUUUACAGCCAAACAUUUUAAUCUUCUUUUGUUGUGAUCUGAGUUCACGAGGAGAAAUUGUGUGAGUAUCAGAUUCAGAAGCUUGUUUUCAUCGCUCAGCUUUUGUUGAUAUGCGAUAAUGAAAACGCAGAAUGCUGAAAACUUUGUCUGACAAACAUAAUGCGCCUUAUGCAGAUCGGAAUUUGAUAUCGACACCUGACAGUCAACAGCAUGUUUCAAACCGAAAAUCAGCAUUCAGUUGAAGAAGGUGAUUAGAAAGUAGACGGGUAACUGAUGCAUGAUCUAUCAGCAAAGAAAUGAUCCACAUAGGUGGACUGUAAUUAUUAGAAAUGCGGAGAAGAAGCCUGAAAGAGAAAUCAACUUCAACGGGAUUUGCACCCGUGCCUCAAAAUACUAGGGUAAUAUAGCAUUAUCAACUGAGUUGAUAACUUGAAUUGGCCACCGUAAAGAGUUUUCAAAGCUAACAUUUUGAGCAUUAGCCCUUCAUCAGAGCGAAUGAAACUUUGAAACUCUUUACAGUAGCCAAUUUACGUUAUAAAACUCAGUUGAUAAUACUAUAUUACCAUGUUACACUCUUCCAUCAACGCAGCACCACAGUUUCUUUAGAAACUUACCGCCUUUCCUCAGGAUAUUAGUUUGGCACCACAGGCACCACACCAUUCAGGCGUAGCUAAGUCGGUAGUAGCACCGAAUUAGUGUUUGUAAAAAGAGAUUAUAAUCUCUUGCUGUUCACUGUUCCUUGUUUAGGUUAUGUCAUUAAAAUGAAACAGUAGUUUCAGUGUGUAUUUAAUACACAGUAGUUUAUUGUGUAUUCCGGAAGGUUAGUGUUCGAUUCCCCUUAGGAAAGUCAAAUUUAUUAUUUGUCUCCAACUCUUUUUAUUACUGUAACUGAAUCGUGAUCGUGAGGAGACUUGUCAACGACUAACUUCUCGCUUAAGAUGCCUAAAAUUAAACCUGUUAUAUCAUUAUCGAAGAGGAUAUGCCUUUUCCUUUUGGAUGAGAAGUUAGGUUAUCACAAGAAGCCAACAGAACUUUUUGUGGGGUUUUCUCAAAACUUCUCUCGGCGCUGUCCACAGAAAUGUCCGGGAAACCAGAUGGAAAUAGAGACAAUGGUUCCCGAGCUGGACUCUCCAUCUAUUGGUCUGGGUACGAUCGAGAAGUCUGGGUACAAUCUAUAGGUUUGGAUUCGAUCGAGUGGUCUGCGUACGAUCGAGAGACCUGGGUACGAUCGAGAGGUCUGGGUGCCAUAUAGGGGUCUGGGCGUGAUCACUAUUCAGAGUAAUUCUGAUGUGUUCUUGAUCUUUGCCUUCAUAGUGUCUCUCUCCACUUGAGUGUAGAAAUUGCUAUGACCGAGUUUUGUUACGGAAACCUGAAAAAUGCUCGGGAGUGAGAGGAAGCAGUAAUCCUCCUAGUCGCUUCCUCUAUGGAGUCUGAUAUAAAUUCCAGCACCUAUGUGAGGACGUCUCCUUUGCAGACCUGGUCCAGAAAAGGAGAUUCCACGUGAAAGUUCUCUCUGUGACAGAUACCACUUUAUCGGGCACAAGAGAAUUACAUCAGGAUUUAGGUGAAAAAUUCAGCUACUAGAUGCCGAAAUGGAGCAACUGUCGUACGACAUCUAAUAUCAGUUUUCAUUUGUGCGCGUGCAAAAUUCGUCACUUAACAGUUGUAGCGUGUUUGGAGUUGACAGUGGGGUUUAACCUUGUUCCCAGGUUCUCUCUUUUCCCAAUCAGGGCUAGUAGAGAGGGAAGGGGGGGGAAUUGAAGCUGAGUGGCGUCCAAGCCCUCACGUCUUAUUUUUGCAAUACAUUUCUCACCUGUUCUGAGUUAUUUUCGGCGUGCUGUAAUGGGAAAUUGCAAAUGCUUCAAGCGCAAAAAAAAUGUAAUCCAUAAAUUUGACUCGUGGAGAUCGGCCUUGAAUAAGCCUUUUCGUCAAGAGGACUGACGGUACAAAUAAAAACCGUUACGAAAAAACCCACUUGGUUUGGAAAUAUUUCUCCGAUGCUUAUAACGGCAGUUCACAGUUUUGUAUUUUGAUCCCGACAACAGAAUUAACAAACCUAACAGUUUUUUCAUUUUGCGUUCUAGGUGCAUUCAUUUAAAAAUCGACCCUGUCGGAAGCUUUAUUCAAUAAUCGAUGGAUUGAUGCAGAUAUUGGAUUGCGAAUGAUCACACAUCUGAAAUGAGAACAUUGACACCAAGCUAAAUCCAAGCUAAAAUUCAAAAUUCAUUUUCGCUGCCUGCAUCAGUUUUAUCGCAGUAUUUAUCACUAAGUUCAAGAUUUUUCACUUUUAAAACUAUCUUUAACGUAUUCUAGGGCCUUAAGAAAUCGUAUGGAUGAAGUUUUCAGCUCUACACAGUGUAGCCACUAGAUAAAAAUCUGCAAGCAAUAUAUUUUCUGUAAAUCGUUAUCAAUUACCCUAAGUCGUAAUUACGGAAAACCCGCGAAAUGAGAAAGAUUAAAAAGCAAUUUUUAAACUUUUCAUUUAAACCUUUUCAUGUCAUGUUGCGCGCGUGUUUUAUCAGGACUGAACAGAUUACAAAUCGGCAUUGUCUAGGUUUCUUAAUACCCUACAAUGUUUGCUUUUCAGAGAUCUUAAAGUAAUUUAAAAUCUGUUUGCUAAUAUUUAAUUCACAGUUCCAUUUAUCCCGAGGAGAUGACACUUGUGAGAAAAAACAAUGGACUGUCAUUGUCGAAAAUAUUCGAAAGCUUUAUCACUUGACAGGUUUAAAUAGUACUUGAAUACAAAGGUGAUCUGUUAUUACGCGGUCGAGUGACUUUUCUUUAAUGUAUACAUAUCUCCUUUUUGCUUUUCAGAGCUGACUCCGGUUACUUCCUUCGAAUACUGUUUAGCGUUCGGAAAGCUAACAAAGUAUCCUUCAAACGAACGAUCGUGUCAUGUUGACAGAAAUACCCUCGGAUGAAUCAAUUUGUUAUGGUAUCAUUCUCUCCGCGCUUUCAAUCUUAACUCUUCUGGGAAACAGCUUGGUGUGCCUUGCUGUUUGGAGAUUUAAGAAUUUAAGAAGGUUGACGAACUAUUUAGUGUGCAGUUUGGCGGGUGCUGAUCUGUUGGUUCCUAUUCUUCGCGUGAUUUACAUCAAUAUUUCAGUUUAUGCUGGAAAAUGGGUGUUUGGAAUAACAUGGUGCCAUAUAUCCUCGAUGUGCGGCGUGCUUCUUUGUAGUGCUUCCAUCCUUCAUCUUUGCGCCAUCAGCAUCGAAAGACUUAUCGCAAUAAAAUGGCCGUUAUCGUACGACGCGAAAGUCACUCCGAAAAGAAUUGUCAUUGUGCUGAUAUACAUCUGGGUACAGUCCUUUGUGUUGUCCAUUUUCCCUACUUUGGGUCUUGCUGAACAGCGUUUCAACCCAGUCCUGGCAGAGUGCGAGAUAAACUGGCUUAAAAAGCCAACUUUGACAAUACUGUUGAUUGUGUUUUAUUUUUUUCUGCCGGUUUCUGUAAUGCUUAUUGCCUAUGCAAUUAUUUUUAAAGAAGUCCGCAGAAACAGCCGCAGGAUCUCCGCACUAGAGAGCGCUGGGAAUCAAGGCUCGCAAAAUAAUGUGUUUAAAAGGGAAAUGAAGGCCGUUAAAACUUUAGCAGUGGUCGUAGGUAUGUUUUUUAUCAUGUGGAUGCCUUACUUUGUUACCACAACUAUUCGAGCUUUCAGAGGGGAUGAUUUGAUUCCAGGCGCACUGCAGAGAACUGUUAUAACGCUAGCGUACGGCAACUCAUGCUGCAACUUUGUAAUUUAUGCGCUAAUGAAUGCUCAGUUAAGAAAUGCGUUUCAUCAUAUUUUGAGAGAGUGUUGUGGCAAGCGUGGAACGAGGAUAGAUUUGAAUUCCACGCGAGGAUUGAACUUGACUACUGUAAGUACAAAAAGGCGAACUAAAGCACCUAUGGAGGGCAAAGAUAAAUAUCGAAGAGACUAA